ACCUCCAACUCAUUCAUUGCAAUAAUUCAAUCAUCGCACCACCUCGCUCUCUUUCUGUGCCUUACUGAAUACAGAACAUGGCAAAGCUGUCGUGUAUUCCAUCUCUACUGCUCUUCAUUUUCUUGGUCAGCUUAAACGUCAACAUAUCAUCUGCCAAAACAAGUUAUAAUGUACUUACUUAUGGUGCCAGGCCAAAUGGGAAAACAGACUCCACCCAAGCCUUCCUUCAUGCCUGGACAGCGGCAUGUGGCUCUACUGAUCCGACCAUGAUUUACAUACCAAAAGGAAGGUAUCUGCUUGGUUCUGUGGCCUUUAAAGGUGGUCAUUGCAAAAGUCCUGAUAUCACUAUAAGGAUUGAUGGGACCCUGAUUGCUCCCGAGGAUUAUCGCAUACUUGGUCGGGCCCGUAAUUGGCUUAGCUUUGAAGGUGUCAGCGGUGUCUCCAUUGUUGGGGGGGCUCUUGAUGCCAAGGGAUCGCCCCUGUGGGAUUGCAAAUCCAAAGGCAGCAAUUGCCCUGCUGGAGCUACGACCUUGAGCUUUGUGAACUCCAACAACAUAAAGAUCAAAGGAUUGCUGUCACUAAACAGCCAAAUGUUCCACAUUGUGAUAAAUGGCUGCCAGAAUGUGCAAGUCCAAGGAGUCAGAGUGAUAGCUGCUGGUGACAGCCCAAACACAGAUGGCAUUCAUGUCCAAUUAUCAACUGAUGUUGUGAUCAUGGAUUCUUCGAUUAAAACCGGGGAUGAUUGUAUCUCAAUUGGACCCGGGACUAAGAACCUGUGGAUCGAAAGGGUCGGAUGUGGCCCCGGCCAUGGCAUCAGUAUCGGAAGCUUAGCCAAGACCACGGAUGAGCGCGGGGUUCAGAAUGUGACAGUUAAGAACACAGUUUUUAGUGGCACUACAAAUGGGUUUAGAAUUAAGUCGUGGGCCAGACACAGCAACGGUUUUGUUAAAGCAAUUCGAUUCAGUGGAGCCACUAUGAUUAAUGUCCAAAAUCCAAUCAUCAUCGAUCAAAACUACUGUCCGCACAAUUUAAAUUGCCCCAAUCAGGUAUCGGGCAUACAAAUAAGUGAUGUCAUGUAUCAAGGCAUUCGAGGAACAUCUGCCACACCAGUAGCUAUAAAGUUUGAUUGUAGCUUCAAAUAUCCAUGCAAAGGUAUAAGACUGCAGAAUGUAAACUUGACCUACUUAAAGAAAGAAGCUCGGUCAACUUGCACCAACGCGAUUGGAAAAACAUAUGGUCAAGUUCUGCCAGAUAAUUGUUUGUAAUUUUUCUUUUUUACUGAGAAGUAUUUAUAUAUUUUCUG